UUGGACGAGUGGAAGGAUAUUAGCGGUCAUUAAAUAGUUGUCUUUGUGGAGAGUGAAAGGAGUACCCUACCAUUUCCGGUUCUCCAUCCUCCCAUUAUCUUGCACUUGGAGAAACAAAAGAUGGCCAUGAUCGCGGAUGCCUUCGUCUCCAAAUUGUGUGAGAUGCUAUUAAUCUAUGCAAAAGAAGAGGCUACUAAGAUCUUGGGUGUGCCCAACGAAAUCAAGAAGCUCCAUAGGAGGCUGGAGAGGAUACAUGAUGUUCUUGCUGAUGCAGAGGAUAAAUGCUUUGGGAACCAGUCCAUCAACCGUUGGCUCAACGAGCUGCGAGAUCUUAUGUAUGAUGCAGACGACAUCAUUGAUGAAUGUCGGAUCGAGGGUGAGAAGCUUCUCAGCUCAAACCCAUCCGCAUCUCGUUGUGCUGAGUUGGUACGUUGUUGCUACCCUCCUAUUGCUUGCUUGUACAAAAUUAGUUUCCGUUGUAAGAUUGGCAAAAGAAUUAGAGAUCUCAACCUUAGGCUUGAUGAACUUGCCAAGGACAAAGCCGACCUCCAUCUUACACCUGCUCCUCGUGAUGACCGCUAUGAGAGUAGUAUUAGUCCCAAGACAUCUCCUGUACUUGUUGAGCCUGAUCUUGUGGGAGAGAAAAUUGAGGAUGAUACAAGGAGGUUGGUGGACAUGUUGACAAAAGAACAUAAGAAAAAAAUCCCAGUCUUUGCUAUUGUUGGCAUGGGUGGGAUAGGCAAAACUACUCUUGCUCAGAAAAUUUACAAUAAUGAGAACCUUCGAGACAACUUCACCCAAAAGUCACGGAUUUGGUUGUGCGUGUCCCAAGAUUUCUCCGAGUCCGAUUUACUAAGAUCCAUCAUACAGCAAGUUGGAGGUGAUCCUGGACAGGCUAAGGAGAAGGAAGUGCUUGAACCCAUGCUUAGCGAAUUACUUACGAACAAAAAAUUCUUUGCAGUCUUGGAUGAUGUUUGGGAUGCACGGGUAUGGGAUGAGCUAUUGAGAAAGCCCUUGCGGAGUGGUUCGGCAGAUAGUAGAAUUUUAAUAACAACUAGAAGCAUAAACAUUGCUAAACAGAUGGGUGCAAUAGACAUUCACAUGGUGGAUAAGUUGUCUCGAGAGGAUGGUUGGUCAUUAAUUUGCAAGAUGGUGUUUGAUGAAGGUGAGGAAGAAAAUAGGGAUUUGUUGAGGGAUGUCGGGAUGAGAAUUGUAGAGAAAUGUGAUGGCCUUCCACUUGCUCUUCGGACCGUUGGAGGGGUUCUUCGAACUAAGGAGAAAAGGCAAUCGGAAUGGAAAAAGGUCCUUUCUAGCCCGGCAUGGUCUUUUACAGAGCUUCCAAAAGGGGUGAUGGGCGCGUUAUAUCUAAGCUAUCAGGAUCUACCACCUCCUCUCAAGCAGUGCUUCACUUGCCUUUCAUUAUUUCCUGAGGACUGCCAAAUUCCUAGAAUUGGCUUUGGCAAUACAUGUAUUGCAGAGGGCUUUGUAACAUCCGAAGAUGAUAUGCCCUUGGAAGAUGUGGCGGAAGGAUAUUGGAAGGAGUUGGUGCAAAGGAACCUCCUACAGCCAGAUCCUAUAUUUUAUAAUCAAAGUGUUUGUAGGAUGCAUGAUCUCCUGCGAUCUCUAGCUCAGCAUAUAGCAGGGGAUGAGUGCUUCGUCGGAGAUGCACGAGCAUUUGAAAACAAGAUCACGUCCUCCUCCUACUCAUCAUCAUCAUCGAUAAGAUUACGCCGUUUAUCAAUUGUAGAUGGAAAAUUAGAAACCAUACCGAACUUUAUAAUGGAACAGACAUCCUUGAGGAACCUGUCAUUCUUGAAUACCCCACUUAUUCGUGGUCUUUCAGAAGAUCUCUUCAAAAAGCUGCGGAGUUUAAGGGUCCUGAACUUAAGUGAAACUGCCAUUGCCAGUCUCCCAACUUCCUUGGGAGAUCUUGUGCAUCUUAGACGUCUUGAUCUCAGUGCGACUCCAAUAAGAGAUAUACCAGAGAGCAUAGGGAAUCUUCGAUAUCUCCAAUUCCUUGUCCUCGAAGGUUGCAAAUAUUUGCAUCGCCUCCCUAGUGGUGUCGUGUGCUUAAUCAAUCUAAGGGGUCUAUACGUCCGGGAUGCACCACUUGAUGGUUUGCCUGUGGGAAUAGGGAGACUGAAACAACUAAAUAUACUAAUGGGAUUUGUGGGGAGUGGUGGCAGGGAGCAGGAGCACAUGAGACAUCAACACGAGGGGUUCUGCACCUUGGAGGAGUUGAAAUCCCUCUCCCAACUCCGGUGUUUGACAAUACAACACUUGGAGAGGGUAUCAAAUAGGGCUGAAGCAAGAGCCGCCGCACUCGGAGACAAGUCCCAUCUCACAGUUCUAUAUCUGCAAUGCACAGUACCGAGCAGCUCUUCUGAUGUGCAGCAGCCUCGUGCAAAUGAUUACGAGGAGGAAGAUAUCAAGAGAAUAGGGGAGGUCUUUGAGGAGCUCUGCCCACCACCAUGCCUUGAACUGCUUGAAAUCAAUGGCUACUUCGGCCGUGAGUUUUCCAGCUGGAUGAUGACACCCUCCUCGUCAUCGCUCCGCAACCUGCGAAGGCUGAGUCUGAUGAAUUGUGCUCUAUGCCAUCAACUUCCAUCCUUAGGAGUGCUGCCACAACUAGAUUCCCUCUGGAUUGUGAGUGCUUCUGGAGUCACGAGCAUCGGGCCUGAAUUCUUGUUGCUGGCAAAUGGCAGUGCUGGUGCAGGAGGGCGGAAUGGAAGAAUAACAUACUCUUUCUUUUCCUCCUACUUUGCCAAACUGGAGGAGCUUACAUUUAUAGACAUGCCUAAUUGGGAAAAAUGGUGGUGGCGGUGGGAGGAGGAGGACAACCAAACAACAUCGUUGCUACCUUCUCUCAAGUUAUUGAGGAUUUAUAUCUGUCCGAAGUUGAGGUCUCUUCCGGAGAGCCUCCUCUGUCAUGCCAGUGCCUUGAAGAAGUUACAUAUUGAUGGUGCCCACAGCCUAAUAGAAAUACAAAAUAUCUCCUCUCUUACAGAGUUGAUCUUGGCCCACAACUCAAGUUUGGAGAGAGUGUCCAACUUUCCUGUACUCAAACACUUAGAUGUUGAGGAUUGUAAGGAAUUGAAGGUUGUGGAGGGUGUGGAUGCCGUGGAGCACAUACAGCUCGAUGAUCGAGAAGUAGAGUCUCUCCCAGAGUGGUUGGCGGGUGCUAGUGAAGAACAAUCGCGCUUCCCUUCCCUUCACAAGUUGACUCUUAAAAAUAAAAUAUGUCGCCGAGAGCUGCCCGAUUGGCCUUUGAUCCGAUGAUACAACACCAAUCUCAUGUUGAAGCAAUUAGCAAGUAUGGGCCAACGAUAAUCAAUUGUACAAGAAAAAGCUGCUACAGCAAGCCAGGGAUGGAUGUUAUACAACUCGGCAACUGUUUGAUAUUCUGCAUCAUUCUCGUCCUUUCAGACUUCGACCCAGGGACUCCAGCAAGAAAGAAAAAAAGUCUGUCAGGCCCCAGAUGAUAUGCAUAGAAAUUCCUUACAUUGCAUUAGUAGCUUUCCUUCUAGCAGUCUUGUUACAAGCAACUACCCAUCUAUGGUGCUAAUCCCGGAAACCACCGGUUGCUAACAUUGCAUUAAUGGACAAUUAUGAGUUGAGAUUUCUCGAUGGCACUACUUAGUAAAAUCAAGAUUUUAAUCUUGUGCAGAGAAAGGAUCGACGACCGCAAGAUGAUGGUGUUUCCAACUUCAUUCUUUCACCUGCUUAGACAAUGGUGUUCUCAACUUUCAUUAUUGUAAUAGCAAAAUUCCCCCAAUUCCUUCAAGCAUUGCAAAGACUUUUCUAAAGCAAAUUAAUACUCGAAAACAUGAGAUCAUGCUUGUCUAUGUAACAAAAAUCUGAUAGAGAAAACAUGCAUGUUGUAUGUCUAUGAUCUAUUGAAAAAGUUCUUUUGAUGCAUCUAUCAAUGUGACCAUAUGAAAACCGUUAGACCCAAUA